AUGACCGACGCCGCCACAAUGGAGGACUUCUUGGUGAGUUUUUACGAGCAUUUGAAAUACGUCGCCGAUUUCGUCGAGUUACCAACAAACCUCGCGCAACAACAACAAAUCCCAACCAAAAUUCAACAAGGAGAACGCGAAAUUCUGGGUUUAUUGGACCGUUUCGCCGGCGAGCAAAAACGACGAAUGGGCCGUCCCGCCAAAAUACCGCCCUUCUCAAACUAUAUCGAAUACAAGCCAGCCGAUUUGGAAUAUUUCAUAUCGCUAGUCGAAGGCGACGAGCUUCUCUAUGAUGCCUGUGAUUCGAAUGUCUAUCUAAACGAGCAUCGCAGUAAACGUUUCGAUCAAAUCGAGCGGAAGUGCUCACAUUUUUUAGCGAUGCGAAAAGGCAAAAACGCUCAAAAACUUUGGCAGACGCUAUAUCUCGAUUUCGAGAAGGAAUACAAACGCAAGUGCCGCGAAAAUGAUAACGAUUAUCAGUUCAAGUAUUACAAAGAAAUGGAAUUUCUUGCACAUCACUUUGAGAAUCCAGUAAAGAGGCAAAUACUAGCUAAUUUGGUAAUACCCACUACCCAGAAUGAAGUGAAAAGCGAUGAGCAAGACGAUGGUCAAAGUGCGUCAAAGAGGGUGAAGCUGGAGACAUCUGAGCAAGGUGAGGCUUCGGCGGAAAAAGAUGAUUGGUUCCUAAAAGUCCUCGAAACUGUCACAAAGUCCUCAGAAAACCAUGAGACAUCACCACCGCCGCCGUCGCUCGCACACAAAAACUCGACAACGACGACGACCUCGACGACGACAGCGGAUACGAUUCGCUACGAGACGCCGACGACGACAACAACGCCAAAUCUGAGCCAAAAACAUUCGGAUAUAAUUUCGUGUGUGACCGGCUAUCUCGACAAUGUGCCAACCGAUCAGCUGAUGCUCGCCAAAGUGCGGCUAUUCCAAUUUCUCGAAUCCGAAAAGGAGAAACUGAAAACUGAUGAGCCAACGUCAUCUCAAUGA